CACAAACACAACAACAACUCACAACAAUAACAAUCACACCAAACACAUACACAAACCUUUAAUCGUUUCGUUUUAUCAUCUGAAAAAAAAAAAAAUGGUUGCAAUCUCUGAGAUUAACCCGACGGUGGAGGCUACGGCAGCGAACUGUCUGAUGCUUUUAUCAAGAGUCGGACAAAAUGGUGCGGAUCAGAAACGCGUUUUCACAUGUAAAACGUGUUUGAAAGAGUUUCAUUCGUUUCAAGCGUUGGGAGGUCACCGUGCGAGCCACAAGAAACCUAACAAUGAGAGUCUCUCUGGAUUGGUGAAGAAAGCCAAAGCUCCUUCGUCGCAUCCUUGUCCGAUAUGCGGAGUGGAGUUUCCGAUGGGACAAGCUCUAGGAGGUCACAUGAGGAGACACAGGAACGAGAGUGGCGGCGGCGCAGCGUUGGUUACACGGGCGUUAUUGCCGGAGCCGACGAUGACGACGUUGAAGAAGUCGAGCAGUGGGAAGAGGGUGGCGUGUUUGGAUCUGAGUCUGGGGAUGGUGGAGAAUUUGAAUCUCAAGUUGGAGCUUGGAAGAACAGUUUGUUAAUUUGUUUUUUUUUUUAAUGGAUAUAAUAAUUAGUUUCCUUCAUUCUCUUGAAUUUUUCCUUAAAAGUUUAGAUUUGUAUAUCUGCAGAUUUAGGAAACUUUCAUAGGGUGUAAUCUUUUCUUUCCUAGUGAAUAUAUUUACUUAGCAUUGGAGAUUAUGAUACCUUUUUUUUUUUGUUUUGCAAAAGUUACUUAAAAAGUCACAUAUUACUCACUUUGGUUUAAUUAUCAAAACUAAAUUGAGGGACAAGUGAGAGUUGCUUAACUGAGCUUUUAUCUUGAAAAGAAAUUUGUGAAUGUCAAGUUUGAACCGCAACUUAAUAAUAUUACAGCUAUUUAGAAUGUUA